AGUUUCUUUGACGGCGGCUGUCAAUCGGCAGCAACAGCUGUGGUUAUCGCGGAGGAGAGGUUUUCUGUUUUAGGAUUUCAGGCGUGAACCAAAAUGUCCUUUGGAAGUAAUUUGCGGAUGUUCGCCAAUAAGGCAAGUCUGUGCUGCAAUGUUAAUAAGGUGACGCUGGAGCUGUUUUCAAGAUGCAGUACAGUUGCAUUCUUGCAGUACGACAAGGACCCAGGUCCGAGUUUCAGCAACCCAGACGUCCAGAAACUACUAAAGUCUAUGACACGAGUGCAGCUGGAGAAAGUCUACAAGAAGCGAUCUGUUUCCGACAACACAGUGGAGUACAAAUUCAUGACGUCAGAGCAGUUGGAAAAACAAUUUCGCAAAGCAGCUGAGCGAGCAGAGAAACUGAUCCAAAUGCCUCCCAUCGUAAAGGUCAAAGAAGACUCCCAAAAAGUAAUUUCUCGCGACCCAGCCCUCACAAAUUUCUCCAACACUAAAUUUGUGAUUGCCGACAUAACGUACGGCGUAAACUCCUCCGACCGGAAAAUACUCGUCCGACAGACAGAUGGAACAUUGGAAUAUGCGCCGCUGUCUAUCCGGAAACGAAUAAACCAAAUAUACUUCCCGCACCCUGGCCGCAAAAUCCGUCUUCCCAGAAUGUUCGAACCGGAGCACUUGAAUCGUUGCCUCGCAAACUUUCAAUAUGAAUUCAUCCUGGACCGAGCCUGCGUUCAGUUUGACCCGUACGAAAAGGAGUACCAUGAAAUAACCACCAAAGUCUAUAAUCACAUCAACGAGAGCAAGAGAUUCGACGACUUGCGCUCGACUCGACAUUUCGGCCCAAUGGCAUUUUACUUCGCUUGGCAUCAAAUCAUAGACGAUCUCCUCUACGAUAUGAUCAAGCAGGACUAUCUGAAGAACGGAGCAGAGCUGGUUGCCUUGUACUACCAGUUAAAUGGCAUCGAUUAUGAUAAGAGCAUCCAUGAAAAAUUGGAGACUCUUGUGCAGCCACAAAGCACAAUUCAGAGUGUUCUGAAACCGAAGGCAUCUGACGACAUGCACGAAGAAAUCAAGAAUGCUAUUGGGAAAUCCGCCGAAGAUUUCACUGCGGACGAUAUUUCUUUCGAGUUUAUUGAGACAUUUGUGAAAACGAAGGCUCUGAAGAAAGUCCAGCUCGAGUUGGCUUUGCAGGCGCUGCGAGAAACAAAUGACGAGAAGAAGAAACUCUACCACGGUCUAAAGAAGGCACAUGGAAUUAGUUAAGAUUAGUUUGUGGUCAUUCUGUUGAUAAUAAAAGUGUUGGUUAGGAAUCGAAA